AUGAACGUCACGCAAUCAUCAGUGAGUAUUCUGGAUCACGAGGUGGUACAGCGCUCCAAGCACCUGGCGCUACUGCAGCCCUUCAACAAAGGUGCUAUGAAUACUUUCAUUGUUCUUACCAGCUUCCCCUUCCGUGCGCAGCCUCUUGUUAUUAUGAGUCUAUGGGAUAAAACGCUUUUUCGGUCAGACACAGACUUAUUCCUAGAACGCCAUCCCAACAUGGAGGGCGCAACGUUACGUUUGGGAUCUUGGUGUGACGACUAUCCAUUCAUCUAUCUCCGGGAACCCAAUGACGAUCAGUGCAUUGGUGCCAGCUUAGACACUCUUACUUUGAUCGCCGCCAAACUUAACUUCAGUUAUGAAGUUCAGAAAGAAACCCAAGACCGCAACUGGGGGGCCUUGGAAAAUGGCCGUUGGACAGGAAUGCUGGGAGAUUUAGUUUACAAUAAUAAGCACUUGGUAAUUAAUCUUUUCCUUGUCAACUACGACCGAUGGCGAGACUUCGACACCACUUAUCCAUACCAUGCCGAGGGGUUCGGAUUCCUGGCUCCACUGCCUCCUCCCAUCCCGCAGUGGAAAAGCAUCACUUAUCCUUUCACAGGCAUCAUGUGGUUGACCAUGAUCGCCUGUACACUCAUCGUGGCUCUGCUGUCCACUCUCUUACCCGUAGUCAUGGAAAAGGAUAGUGUGGACUAUGCCAGACUCAUCUUGAUGGUGUAUGGCGGGAUCCUGCGACAAGCGGUACAGCUACGAGGCGUGGAAUGGCUGGCGGCGUGGUGGUUAUCGUGCAUCAUCAUCACAACCGCCUACACCACCAACCUGGUCGCCUUCCUCACUGUGCCUGUGUAUCCAACACGAAUGGAGACCGUGGCAGAGCUGGCUCAGUCUCAUCUCAGGCUAACAAUGCAGGACUACGGUAACUUCGUGCCCGCUGCCCUCAAGGAAUCCUCGGACCAGAGUCUUGCUGCUUUGGGAAACAAGCUUGAUUUGUUUACGUAUGAGCUGGAGUAUGACCCAGGGUUCAGAGGCAUCCGCAAUCAUGAACAAGUCUUGAUCGAAACUUACUCUUACCUGAGUAACCUUCAGAUGCAGUACAACGCCACACGUUAUUCCUACCUCAUGAAGGAACAGAUUUAUUCAGGCCACAGUGCAUGGUUUCUGCCUAAGAACACGCCAUACACGACAAAGUUGUCGCAUCUCCUCACCAGACUGCGGGAGACUGGAAUCCUUUACAAAUUUUUUAUAUACCACUUCCCUCCAAGUGACGAUCAAAAUAAAAGAACCCAGACCCCGAGGCUGAGCGUGGACCAGCUGCAGGGCGCCUUCCUACUCCUCUUGUUGGGUUUGGCCUUGUCUUUUACAACAUUCAUGAUAGAAUACAUAUGUAACAAAAAAAUACAGAGCACAGAUAAACUAGCAGCACUUACAGUGUUUCCCUAUUGAUUCACCUUGGUGUUGCCUCUAUAAAGAUGGGUUUACACAUGUCAAUAUGCAGGUAGCAAUGCUACCCACUAGAGGUAUUGGGUAGAUUUUGGUGCCUUGCAGAUGGAGCUGCUACCAGCAAUACAAGACCAGCACAUUGGUUUUGUCCAGCCGUUAGUGGUUUUGUUUACAUUGUGAAGUCACGGAGGAGGAUUUGGAGAUGUGGUAUCCAAAGGCAGAGAAGAUGCUGAAGUUAGUGAGGGACAAACACAUGUCUAGGACCCAAGACAUGAGUUAUACAGCAAAAAAAAAAGCUUGCGUAGAAGUCUGUUGAUGAGAUUUCUGCCACUCUAGCACUGAGGACUGUUUCCGUCUGCAGUGUCUUGUUGGAGGUGAUGAUUUACAGUGGAGAUUCAAUACUCGAACGUCUUAAUAGUUAACCUUUUCAAUAAAUACUCACCGCAAAAGUUCAACGUAAUACUGGAAAAAAUACCCGAUAGUCGAACGUCCACCAGUUGUCCCGCUGCGGUCGUGAGAACAUUCUCUUGUGUUCUGUCUGCAGCGUUUCAUUUAGAAACUUACAAUGGCACCAAAGAGGCUUAUUAGUGGUGAAAAUAAGGAAUCUAGUGAGAGUACAAGUGUUAGUGAGCAAUAGCCCUCCACUAGUGGGUUCACAGGAAUCACACGUUUUCAUGGAGGGUGACUCAUCCUCCCACAAUUCAGAUAUACAAGGUCUUCCAUCCGGUUGGCUUACUUUGGUCUCGGCCGUACAUAUACGUCACGUAAGCCCCCAGUCAACGUUCGCUGUGGCUCGUGUGCUUGAAUUUGAUUUUUUUUUUCACCUCCCCACUCACAGCCCUUUUUGUGGAUGCGUGAGCUUACCAUUCUGCCCUGUUACUUCAUAUUAUGGGGCCUAGAAAACUAAUUAGUAAGGCCCAAAUCUCAGUUAUUUGUGCCUUUGUGAGGAGAAUAAGUCAAAUCAAGAAAUUGCCAAAGACCCGGUAGUAACCGCUACGAUCCAUGCUACACAACACACACAGUAAAACACCCAGAUUCUUUGAUGGUGUGGAGUUGUUUUCUUACUAUGGUCUUGGAAAAUUAGUGUUUUUGCCUAAGAAUGUUCGUAUGAACCAAAAUAACUACUUUGAGCUAAUUCUGGAUGAGUUAGAUGAGUGUAUGGAAAAGUGCAAUGUAGAUAUCGUUUUGUCUUUCUUUUUGUAUUAUGGCAGCAACGCACAGCACAACUAUUGGGCAUUAUAAAGAGAAAAUAAAAAUUGGUCUCAACAUGGCGAGGUCAGAUUAUGGCUUGGCGCAUGGUUGCUUGGGUGCGUGUGACAGGCGCAGAGGUCAGGGUCUGACUGGCUACUGGCUAGCUGGGCCCCUGCAUCACACCGACUCGGGGCCCACAUGAAUCAUAGACACGUGACUGUGGAUUGUUACCCAACCUAGAAGGUUUCAUGUGUACAGUGUGUUAGUAAGUUUGAGUGAGAGAAUGCUAGUAAGUGUGGUUGUGUGCGGAUGGAAGACCUUAUAUAUCUGGACCGUGCGUCCUCCGACGAAUAACCUCCCUCCUCCUCCCAACCCUUCCCCCUUCCAUUUCCUCUCCUUCUUUCUCCUCUACUUACUUACGGUAAGUACAAAUCAAAAUUGUAAAAAAAAAUUUACAUUGCAAUUUUUGUAAACUUAAGGUUUUGCUAAGCUCAUAAUGAAUUACCUGAUUUACAGGUAGUAGUAGUCAAAUUUUUAGAUACUUGAACGGCCAUUUGGAACGCAUUAAGUUCGAGUAUUGUCUCCAUUGUCAUUUCAUUGCAAUUGUGCAUAGAUCUUUUUAAGAAGACAUUUAAUUGGGUACCUGUUUGUUUACAUUCAUUUCCCGCCAACCAGCCAAUACUUCACUGCCACUGUGUGUGAACACUCUCCAGCUAGGAGGGCUCUGUUAAUACUUCUAACGCAGUGGUUCCCAAACCUUUCCUGAGCUAGUACCACUUGGAGGUCCUGUACAGUCCCCACAUACCACCUGGUUCCAGAGAAACUUAAAUUUCGGCACAAGUUCACAAGUAGAACACACAAAUGAACUAACAACAAAGAACACAACUCAGUUUAAUACGAGGAAUGCAUUUGUUUUUUCUCCACCAGAUGAACUAUGCUAGAUUAUCUUCUGUAAGCUAGGCAGUAAUAAUUUUCCUGAGAAAUGAAUUAAUUUAAUUAUAUUAAAUGUCGCCUAUGAUCUCAAAAGUCCUAGUGCACCACCUGGAAGGCUUUCAUGUACCACUGGUUGGGAAUCACUGUUCUAAUGUGUAGCAUUGCCAUAUUGACAUGUGUGAACAUGCCUUGAAAUAUUAGAAUUCUGAAAAGUAGGAAAAUCAGAUUUAUAAAUCUAUUGAAUAAGUUAAAUAAGAAAAAGUUAUCUAAAUCAUAAUGUUACUAGGCAUUAAGUUCCUCACUCCAAAACGCUGCUCCAGUAACAAUAAAGCCUACCAUUAAUCAACCAGUAUGUUAUGAAUGUCAUGGUGAAAAAGCGUGUCUCACACGACCUUACUUUUUACUGUUAUUUGUAUAAAUCUAUUCUACCUUAUUUACUUAUCUAUUUUGUUUGUUAUUUUUCAUUAAUUAUGACAUGAAUAUAGGGAAUAUGAAUAAAGAAUGAAUGUAUUUGAAAAAGAUUAUUCUUUAUUAAAUUGUAUUACUGAAAUAUGUCCAUCUGCUUUUAGAAUGAAAUUAACUUAUGUCAGGGCACAGUAAUUAUCCCAAAAAUUUUAAUAAAAAAGUAUUUAGUCCUGUUAGUAUUCAAUGGCAUCUAGUUCCAGACUGAUAAGAGCUAUAGUCUAGUGUUUGUCUUAAGCCGGGUACACAGUACAUGAUAUAAAACAAGGGAAAUGUUCCAUAACCGAACCUCAUCAUGUCGAGAACUUCCAUGCAUCCCACCUCGCUCAGUCUGUCAGGCAGCCUACAUUCAGAGGACGUACUGCUAAUGGCCAGCAUCUAUGUCAUUACAUUACAGAUUAGUGACCUGUUUACUUUUGCCUGUUCCAUUACUCUUCAUCUUGUCUUUUUCUCUCCUCAUGAUCGCUAGCAUAUUCCCUAAGUGUGGAGGGGUAUAAAACAGGAGAAAUUAGAGCCAAUCAGAGAGCGAGCUGAGUGUUGUGACUUCACCAGCUGGCAACGUCACAACACUGCCUGUCUUCACUCUUUUCUUCUGUUUUCUAUGUAGCUUCAUACGCUUUCUAAUACUUAUUUCUUUCAUACGCAUAAUGCAGAUAUCGUGUACAAUAAUAAAUUUAACGACUACCUAGAAGCUUUUAUUCGUUUCCUUUCUUGUCCAUGCUCUAGAUCUUGAUUUUACUGUACUUGGACUCAGGCAGUUAUAAACAAACGAAAACACAAUGCAUUAUUGCUACACUACCUAUCCUAGUUCUACUCACUAUUCACUACAUCCUAUUUUUGGUACACCACAUUUUCUCCACAAAGGUCUUCAGUCUAUUUUAGAGACAAAGACACAACAGACACACAAUUUCCUCGCCAACAAGCAGUGUUGCCCCAUUGCAUUAAAGUCUUGAUUUUUCCAUAUUUCUUUUGGAUCUCAGACAUGUUUCGAGAUAAUGAUACCGUGAAGUAGUUAAUACUCUUCUGGUCCAGCUUUAUACCUCUGUCUCAACAUAACCUUUUGUAAUAGUGUUAUUGUGAGAGUUAAUUGAUGUAUAGUUGUGAUGACGAAGGUAAUAAGAAAAACAGAGUUUGAAAAGAUAAUAGCAGUCUUAUGAUAAAGAGAGUUCGUGGAGAAGCGUGGCAGAGAGGCAAGUGUCUUAGAGGGGGAGAUAACAAUCGUGACAGAGGGGAGAGGGAUGCGAGGAUUCAAGGUCUAGCUGUCUCCCAGUGAUACGUUUGCUUGUUUGUUUCUUGUUGUCCUCUCUUCUUGAAGUUUGUGAUUCUAAUCCUCAUCCCAAGAAAUGUCCCCAGAUCGAACUGCUCUCUUGAUGGCCACCCAAAAUGUCUUGACACCUCCCGCGACUUUUUCUUCAUUAACUUCUACAACAUUCGUGGUCUAAGAUCAAAUUUUCAAUCUGUUGAACACCACCUCUCCUCUACUAAACCUCAUCUUUUCCUCACCAAACCACAGCUGUCUGAGGCAACUGACAGUAGCCCUUUCUCUGUUCCCUCCUACUUUCUCUAUCCUCAUUUUCGUUCUAAAGCUAGAUGUGUCUAGUGCGCAGCGACUUCACUAGCUCUCCUGCCUACGCCCUUGAAUCUUCCGAGUUUUCCACCAUCUGGCUUGGACUCAUUAGUCACUCCAUAACUAAAUUUAUCUGUGUUGUCUAUCACUCCCCUAACUCCUCUGACUAUAGUAAAUUCUUUGACUAUUUAACUUCCAAAGUGGAGCACAUU